CCUGUCGCCAGCCUCAGCGAGCCCAUCGAGCGAGGCGUGCCUUUUCGCUCGACAUUGUGGGCAAGGAAGCCAGGAACAUCACGGCAAAGAUAAGCGAUUCCUGGGUUCCACGAGUGAAAUGGUGACUCUUUUCUUGUCAGUUCAGACAGGUUAGCCGAGCGACGAACGAAAAAUAAUAAUGGGCUGCUGCGGUUCCCGGCCCACAGGGCCAAAUUCACCCUACCCCGGAGAUGCUGCGUCCGCGUCGGCGCGCGCAAUCAACACAGUCGCAACCCGGCCCGCUGCGAGUUCACCACUCUCUGGCGAUGCCGAAGCGGCAGCAUCGCCCACAUCCACGCGCGCGCCUCAGCAGAGACACCGUCAUCGCCAGCCGCUCGAUCAGCACAUCAACAAGCCGCUGCGCCGGCACCGGUGGGCAUCGCGCAGUCGCGUAUGGACGCGCGAGGACCUGGCGGCUGAGAGGAAGGACUUUUUCGACACUCGCGUGACGGGCCGCGUCGAGGUCUGGCAGGCCAUCAAGACUGCGCUCGAGGUUCUAUGGGAGUCCGACCCCAACCAUCCCCCGGGGACGACGGCGCCGACCCAGGAGCAACAGGAGGAGGCGCUGCUCACGGCACAGAGCAUCAUGAUGGCUGCCGAUAUCACACUACCCACGGGCAACCUUGCGCAGGGUGUCUACGACCAGCUCGGCAACUACUAUCCCCUGCCCGAGCACGUCGUCUGCAACCCGGUCAAUGUCAUCAAUGUCUCCGACCUACCACCUUCGGAGGAUGGGGACGAGAUUGACGACGACGACGUUGAUAUUGGAAGCAUUGGGGACACGAAACAGCACUAUGUCGCCAGCUCUGCGGAGGACGACGAGACUGACAAGGCGGCCCAGCGACGUAAAGAAAAGGGGAAAGAGGUUGAAGUCGAGGAGGAGACUAUCACCGUUCGCUGUCGGCUUAGCGAAAAUGCGCGCGAUGUGAUGGUCACAGUUCCCAAGAAGAGUCCAGUACGGGUUCUAGCCCGGCGAAUAGUCGAGGAAGCCAAGCUUCCGGAUGACACGAGCGUACGGAUCGCCUACUUGGGAAAGAUUCUUCGCGACACGACACCUCUUACCCUGCAAGGAUGGCAGGAGGGGCAUGUACUCAACGCCAUGUGCUUCAGCAAAUCACGUUAGGAGUGUGAAGUGGUACCUGACGGCAACGUGGAUGCUUGGGUCCGCAGUCAUUACCACGCUUAUAGGCACGAAAUGUCUUCGACGCCACCACUGCCGCCUGAGCCGGUACCUCCUACUGCGGAACCCAUCCCGCCACGUCUACGACGUCGUGCUGUCGCCAGGUUUCUGGCCAACCUUGCCACGUUGUCUACUCCCAGUCUUCUCUCAAGGCACCGGAGUCCGAACGAACGGAUCGAAUGACCGAUCAAUGGACAACCCGACGUUCUAUUUGGAAUCAAUGCCACUGCCACUCUCAUCUGGAUCCUUCUUGGCUGAUACAGGACGGCAAUUCACUGACAGCUCAUGGCAGAGGAGCAGCCUGACAAGUGACAUCGAAACCCUCAGAAGCGGUUCACCUCGAGCACUUCAGGCAUCGAAUAAUAAGUAGAGACUUGGGCCGGAUGACGUCCCGAGUUCUUGAAAUAACAGGAAACCUCCCUGGGCAUUCCCCCGAGAGCGCUAUGGCUUCACAUACCCGGAUCUCCUUCACUUUCACUUGGUUGGUUUUACCAAAGACGGUUUGUCACUACUUUUAUCACUUAAUUCCACUGCCACCUGUUAUUUUGCUUCUUUUCCUUCCUUCAUGAUACCCCUUCUAGCAUUUCUGAUCUAUCCCCCGCAUUCUCAGCUCAUUGUUCUGCACUUAUGAAACCGUUUCUCCUUUCGGCGCACGUCUGAGAGCAAUCUUCUUCUGGCUUGCAUCAUUCUUCCUAAUCUCAAGUGUAAAUCUUUUGCGUUUGUGCUCAUGUGGAAUCACUCGGAGACUUGUGCUAUAUCAAGACACAUGUAACUUGCAUAGCCGACUGUGGGUAGUUUUUACAUACAGCAUAAUGUUAAUAACGAUACUGACUCUGCAAGACGCCGCUCAAUAACAACAAAGGUAGUGC